GGUUUCUCUUCCAUUCGCAGCCCCUCUGAAAAUAUGAGCGACGCACCUCAAGUUGACAAGGCUGCUGCCGCCGCCGCCGCCGCCGCGGAAAAGGCCGAGAAGGCUGCCGCCAAAAAGAAGGCUUCGCAGGAGGCGAACGCCGCACUCGAGCUCAACCCGCGCCCAGAGUUUAUUGCCGAGCGCAUUGCGCUGUACGACAAGCGCCGCAAGGAGUUCCUGGACGAGCUUGCCGCCAAGACCCCCGUCGCCAUCCAGGUGACUGUGCUGUUGAACGCUGGCAAGCAGGAGGUCAAAGAGGCCCAGUCUUGGCGCUCCACCCCGCAGAGCAUUGCCGAGACCAUGUUCAAGAACACUGACCACAUCAUCAUUGCCAAGGUGAACGGCGAGGUGUUUGAUCUCGACCGCGUGCUCGAGGCGGACUGCAAGCUCGAGUUCCUCACUUGGGAAGACGACGAGGCCAAGGCCGUCUUUUGGCACUCGUCUGCCCACAUGCUCGGCGAGUCGCUCGAGCUCCAGUACGGUGGCUGCCUCUGCUACGGCCCGCCGAUCGACGAGGGCUUUUACUAUGACAUGCACCUCGAAAACCGCACCGUCCUGCCCGGCGAGUUUGGCAACAUUAACAAGCUCACCGAGCGCAUUGCCAAGGAGAAGCAGCAGUUUGAGCGCCUUGAGCUCUCCAAGGCCGACCUCCUCGAAAUGUUCAAGUACAACACCUUCAAGCAGCGCAUCAUCAACGAGCGCGUCACCACCGACCGCACCACCGUCUACCGCUGCGGCCCGCUCAUUGAUUUGUGCCGUGGCCCGCACGUUCGCCACACUGGCAAGGUCAAGUCCUUUGCUGUGACCAAGUCUUCUGCAUCGUACUGGGAAGGCAAGGCCGACGCUGAGACCCUUCAGCGUGUGUACGGCGUCUCGUUCCCUGACGUCAAGAUGAUGAAGGAUUGGGAAAAGUUCCAGCUGGAGGCUGCCAAGCGCGACCACCGCAAGCUCGGCACUGAACAAUCGCUCUUCUUUUUCCACGAGCUCAGCCCUGGCAGCUGCUUCUUCUUGCCGCACGGCACUCGCAUUUACAACACUCUGAUGGAGUUUAUUCGAAGCGAAUACUGGGCUCGAGGCUUCACCGAAGUCAUCACCCCCAACAUGUACAACUCAAAGCUGUGGCAACAGUCGGGCCACUGGCAGCAUUACGCCGAGAACAUGUUCAGCUUUGACAUUGAGAAGGAAAAGUUUGCGCUCAAGCCCAUGAACUGCCCUGGCCACUGCCUGAUGUUCGACCAAGCAUUCCGCUCACACAAGGAGCUGCCCAUCCGUUUCGCCGAUUUCGGUGUGCUCCACCGCAACGAGGCGUCUGGCGCCCUGACCGGUCUCACCCGUGUUCGCCGCUUCCAGCAAGACGACGCCCACAUCUUCUGCAAGCCGUCCGACAUUGCCAACGAGAUUGACAAUGCUCUUGCGUUCCUCAAGGCUGUCUACACUGUCUUUGGCUUCACCUUCCAGCUCAAGCUGUCCACCCGUCCUGAGGGUUUCCUCGGCGAUAUUGCUCUCUGGGACAAGGCCGAGAAGCAACUUGAAGAGUCUCUCAACAAAUUCGGUGCCCCCUGGAAGCUCAACCCUGGCGAUGGUGCCUUCUAUGGCCCCAAGAUCGACAUUACCAUUAUGGAUGCUCUCCGUCGCUCCCACCAGUGCGCCACCAUCCAGCUUGACUUCCAAUUGCCAAUCCGCUUUGGCCUCAAGUACCAGGCGCCCGAUGGCACUGAGCAGACCCCUGUCAUCAUUCACCGUGCCAUCCUCGGCUCGGUUGAGCGCAUGAUUGCGAUUCUGACUGAGAACUUUGCUGGCAAGUGGCCUUUCUGGCUGUCGCCCCGCCAGGCAUUGGUGAUUGCCGUUUCCAAGGAUUGCAACGACUACGCACACGAGGUACAGAAGCAGCUGCACGACGCUGGAUUCCACGUCGACUACGAUCUCUGGCCCGACGAAACCUUGAACAAGAAGGUUCGCAACGCCCAGCUCGCCCAGUACAACUUCAUUCUCGUUGUUGGCGCUCGCGAGCGCGAAAGCCGCUCCGCGAACGUCCGCACCCGUGACAACAAGGUCCACGGCGAGCGCACCAUUCCCCAGCUUAUUGCCGAGUUUACCGAGCUUGCCAAGUCCCGUGCUCUUGACUCUGCCGCGGAUGAGGCCACUGGCUCUGGCGAAGCGCCUGCCGCCCAGUAAAACGACAGCAAAGCGGGCUGUUUUUUUUUGUUGUUGUUUUCCUGACAGCACAAUGCAUGCUAGUUGUUGUUGGUGUUGUUGUUGUUGUUGUUGUUUUGCCAUUGUUCUUGAUUAAAUUUUGAGCAACAGCGUCCAAAACGAUAGCCAAUGAGGAUGCCACUCGCUUGCUAUUCUC